AUGUCCCAACAAAUUUAUAAGGCUCUACCAAUUUGGCAAGAAAUUCCAGAAAAAUUUAAAGUGAAGAUUGUGAAUCUUUUAGAUUUCGAGUCAAGGUUUUGCCUUCGCCAGUGUUCAGUUUCUGAUAAGGAGCUGGUCGAUAAAUGCCAAAUUAUCAUAAAAUCAAUAUUCGUUGUCAAUACACGUGAUGAUGAGAUCAGCGUUGUUAUCAGAGUUAAACAUCCAAGGGCCUAUUAUUUUCAUGCACUUCCAAAGACUACAAGUAUGUCAUGUGUUUAUAAAUUCACAAGAAUUCCGAAUGUGAAAGUUCUUAAAUUUGGAAUUGAAUACAAGAUUUUGCCAUUGUUUCUGGAAAAAUUGAGCGAAGACAACAAGACGAAAAUGAACAUUGAGAUGGUGCAUUUUCAAGGAGGCGAUCAUGCAGUGGACCGUUCGGUAAUAGAAUUCUUGGGUCAUUUGGGAACUAAUUGUAAGAAGUUCGUUUUCGACGGAAUCUGUGAUUCUGAAAUGAUGGAAAAAUUGGGGAAAAUGGCUCAAUGGAAAAAUGCAACAGGAAUCUGCUUUCCGCAUUGGAACAUUCUGAAACUGACGCAUUUUUUACAUUGCAACUCGUUAAGGCUGGCAAUGAAGGAGUUUGAUUCGAAAGACGCGAAAAUGCUGAUUGAGACAUUCAUCCACAAAAAAGUCUUCAAGUACGACUCUACCUUUUUUCAAAUUUACAUCGAAACUUCUAUGAACAUUGAGGAAGUCUUGCUGGAAAAUGACGACGACCUUAAACCCAAGUUAACCAACGCUAAUGAGGACAAUUAUCCGAGUAUUCGGUUUCAAACAUUUAAACUAGCCAAUGAUUUUCCGGAUGAUUUGGUUCUUGUGGUUAAGGCUGCACCGCACAUGUUAACAGGAUCCGUCUGUCGGCUAGGAGCACAUCUUGCUGACGACUUUAUGGAUUCUCCUUAUCUUUGA